CUCCUCCGCCAUCCCCUCGCUCUCCCUCUCCCCUCAACCCAGCGCCCCCCCUACCCCGCCGCCGCUAGGGUUUCUCCUCCCCUCCCCGCCCACCCCCAAAUCAUCCCCGAAGCUUCCAGUGCCUCGCGCCGCAGCCAUGAGCGACGGCAAGGACGCCCUCGACCUCUCCGCUAUCGGCGCCGCCCUCCCCAACUCGGCCGAGCUCAGCGCGGAGGACAAGGCUCACCUUGUGGCGUCGAUCAAGAACACGCUCGAGGGAUUGGCGUCGCGGCAUACCGACGUGCUCGAGAACCUCGAGCCCAAGGUCAGGAAGCGCGUCGAGAAGCUCAGGGAGAUCCAGGGCCAACACGAUGAGCUUGAGGCAAAGUUUUUUGAGGAGAGAGCAGCUCUAGAAGCUAAGUAUCAGAAGUUGUAUGAACCACUUUACUCAAAGCGUUACGAAAUUGUCAAUGGUGUGGUCGAGGUUGAGGGUGUCACAGAAGAAAGUGCAGCUGAAACUCCUGCAGAGCAAAAGGGUGGAGAUGAGACCUCUGCUGAGCCAAAAGAAGAAAAAGGUGUACCAGCUUUCUGGCUUAAUGCAAUGAAGAAUCAUGAAAUUCUAGCUGAGGAGAUCCAGGAGAGGGAUGAGGAAGCUCUCAAGUACCUCAAGGACAUCAAGUGGUACAGGAUCAGUGAGCCGAAGGGCUUUAAGCUUGAAUUUCACUUUGAUACAAAUCCGUUCUUCAAGAAUUCAGUGCUUACAAAAACAUAUCACAUGAUUGAUGAGGAUGAACCAAUUCUGGAGAAAGCCAUUGGUACUGACAUUGAAUGGUACCCUGGGAAGUGCUUGACACAAAAGGUGCUAAAAAGGAAGCCACGGAAGGGGUCAAAGAACACUAAACCUAUCACAAAAACUGAAGAUUGUGAGAGCUUCUUCAACUUCUUCAGUCCACCUCAGGUCCCUGAUGACGAUGAGGAAAUUGAUGAGGAUACAGCUGAACAGUUGCAGAACCAAAUGGAGCAAGAUUAUGAUAUUGGAUCUACCAUCAGAGACAAGAUUAUCCCACAUGCUGUCUCGUGGUUCACUGGAGAGGCUGCUCAAGAUGAGGACUUUGAAGUUAUGGAUGGUGAGGAUGACGAUGACGAAGAUGGUGAUGAUGACGAAGAAGACGAAGACGACGAGGAUGAAGAUGAUGAUGAUUAUGACACAAAGAAGACCAAGGGAACUGCUGGAGGGGAAGGGCAGCAGGGCGAACGACCUGCCGAGUGCAAGCAGCAGUAAGGUGGUGCGCAUCGAAUAUUGGCAGGCAUUGGUUGUGGAGCACUUAGUUUGGUUCUGCUUGAUGCAAUGUCAUUGAGUUGGUUUUGUGGAGCCCUUGAGGGGGCACUUGUUGGUUUUAUGGAAUUGGCGGGGGGAUUUUUCUGGGACAUGGUGUUAUAUGUGGUAGUUUUGUCAGUUGCUGUAUUGGGUAUUCAGAUAUUAUAUAUGUGGUCUUCUUAUGCUUGGAGUGAAGAUGGUUACCACCCUGGUAUGUCUUACUGUGCAUACCACUGGCAUGGUGUGCUGUACUUUCAUCAAGCGUGACGUGCCGCUGAGAAAUUUUGCUCUAGGGGAAAGGCUAGCCUUUUGCCCAAAAAUGUUUUGCGAA